AGUAGCUCUGAAAAGAUUCUCCCGGUAACGGAAGUGGCUGCGGGGAGGCGCGUGUCAGAGGGGUUGGGUCUCCGGCUCCCACCCGUUGGGGUCGAGUCUUUUAACCCGGCUGACCGCUGUUUCGAGGAGGGGGAGCUUAAAGGAGGACUCGGCUGCUGGGCCCCCAUUGGCUAUGACUGAGGAAUUUGCGACCCUCGAGGACAUAGCCAUGGACUUCACCUUGGAGGACUGGGAGCAGCUGGGGCUGGACCAGGGGGACCUGUUCUGGGACACGGCACUGGACAACUACCAGGACCUCUUCCUGCUGAAUCCCCCCAGACCCAACCUGACCUCCCAUCCAGAUGAUGGGGAAGAGCUGGCGGCCCCGGCGAAAGGAAGCCCAGAGUCAACAGGCCCUGACACUGCUGAGGCCAAGACCUCUCCUCUGCCACAGGACUUCUUGGAAGAAGGACUCUCCCAGGAGAUUACCGAGAUGUUUUCCAAGGAUGGCCUCUGGAACUCCCAUCUGGAAAAAACCUGCAUAGGUCAGAGCUGGUUAGAUAGUUUGCUAGGAGAUCCGGAAAGUCUUCUGAAGUCCGAUAUUGUUACCAGCAAGGAAAGUCCCACAGAAUGCAAGAGCCGCGAACUCGAGAGCCACAAACUCAAGAGAGGCCUUGGUCCCAAGUCCCCCCUUUUCCCAGGAGCGGGUUCUGUGACUCUUGAUCUUCCUGAAAGGAGCCUGACACCAGCUAAGUCUCAGGAAAGUGGGAAUGACUUUGGGUGCUACUCAGACCAGAGCCAGCAAGAUAACAUCCAGGGAGGGGAGAAACCAUAUAAAUGUAGUGAGUGUGAGAAGAGCUUCAGCCAGAGCUACCAUCUGAUCCAGCACUGGAUUCUUCACACUAGGGAGGACCCCACUGUGCUUCAAGAGUGUGAGAAAGAUGUCAACCAGAGUUCUUGCCUUUUUGUGCAGUCAGUGACUCACACAAGCUCCAAGUCCUAUGUGGGUAACAAGUGCGGGAAGACUUCUAGUCAGAAUACAUACCUCCUGUGGCAUCAGAACAUUCACAGUGAAGAAAAAACAUGUAAGAGUCAAGACAGUGAUGGUCCAGCAGGUCACGACUCACAGCCUGUUGAGCAUCACAAACCACCCCCAGGUGGUAAAUCCUACAAAUGUAAUGAAUAUGGUGAGAGCCAAACCUUUCACCUCACCCGGUAUCAGAAAACCCACCCUCGGAAACGCUACGAAUGUGCCACAUGCAAGGCGGUCUUCAACUUUAAGAAAUACCUCCUCCACCAUCAGAAAAUUCAUGCUGCAAAAACGACCGCUGUGUGUCAGGAGUGCGGGAAGGCCUUCAGGCGAAGCUCCUUGCUUGUCAAACACCAGUCUGUUCACACUGGAGAAAAACCUUAUAAGUGCGAUGAGUGUGGGAAACGCUUCAGCCAUAUCCUGACCCUAAAGACCCACCAGAGGGUUCACAGGGGCGAGAAGCCUUACGAAUGCAACAAAUGUGGGAAAGCCUUUUACCGGAACACUCACCUUAAUGAACACCAGAGGGUUCACACAGGCUACAGGCCCUACAAGUGCCACAAAUGCACCAAGAGUUUCACCCGGCCCUCCCACCUAAAUCAACACCUGGCCAUUCACGCCACAGAAAAGCCCUACAGCUGUGCUGAAUGCAAGGAGACCUUCAGCCACAAUGAACACCUUGUUCAGCACCAGAAAAUCCACGCUGUGGAAACCCCCUACGAAUGUCAGGAGUGUGGUGAGCGCUUCAUUUGCCACUCGACCUUAACUUGCCACCAGAGCAUUCACACCAGAGAAAAACAAGGACUCGACGAAAGCAGGAAGAUCUUGAAUGAGAACCCAGAGCACAGAGAGCCUCCAAGGGUCAGCGAGAAGCGCUUUAAGUGUAACAAAUGUGAGAAAGCCUUCAGCUGCAAGAAAUACCUGACUCAGCACGAGCGGAUUCAUGCCAGGGUGAAGCCCUUUGAAUGUAACCAGUGUGGGAAGGCCUUUGGCCAAAGUUCACAGCUCAUCCGCCACCAGAGGAUCCACUCUGGAGUGAGGCCGUAUGAAUGUGGGGACUGCGGGAAGGCCUUCGUUCGUAGUGCCUCCCUUGCCAAACAUCAGUCCACUCAUAAGAGUGAGCACAGCCAAAGUGCAUGUCUCUCAGAACAUCAGUUAAUCCAAACUGCGGAGAAGCCCUUUGAACCUAACAAGUGUGAUGAAGUCUUUGCCUACAGUAACCACCUUGUUCAGCAUCAGGGAACUCAGGCAGGAAAGAAGUCCUUUGAGCAAAAUGAAUGCGGGAAAACAUCGCAGCAGAGCUCGUGCCUUUCCAAGCAUCAGAGAAUUCACACAGGUGAGAAGCCCUAUGAAUGUGGUGACUGUGGGAAAACCUUCAACCUGCGCGCUCGACUCAUCCAACACCAGAGAGUUCACACUGGAGAAAAGCCUUACGUUUGUCAGGAAUGUGGGAAAGCCUUCAGCCAGAGCUCAUGCCUUUCUACGCAUCGGAGAGUUCACAGUGGGGAGAAGCCUUUUGUGUGUGCCGAAUGUGGGAAAGCCUUCACCCAGAAAGCAAAUCUGAUGCAGCAUCAGAGAACUCACACUGGUGAGAAGCCUUAUGCUUGUGAUGUGUGUGGGAAAGCCUUUGGCCUUAGAGCCCAUCUCAGUCAGCAUCAGAGAAUUCACACCAAGGAGAAACCACAUCAGUGUCCACAUUGUCAGAAAGCCUUGUGCUGCUGCUCAGGUCUUAGCCGACAUCAGUGAGUUCACACUCCAAAGAAGCAGGUAGCAAUUCUGCCCAUGGCUGCUGGGUGGCAGCAGGAUCCCAGACAUCUGAGAAUGUGUUCAUCCGAGGCCCAAAGUUGAAACCAUCCCAGUGUAAGCCCCUCUCCUCCAAGAGUAAUAAAUCUCUUUAUUAAUAAAGAUUGAUUAGAAAAUUUGCACACAUGAGUUUCAUUAAGACAAUGAAAACACAAACAUUGAGAAGCUGUGGAGCUUUGGAAGUCAGAGGUAGACUGGAGCCAGUCUGCUGAGUUAAAUCCCAGCUCUGCCAUCUGCCACCUAAGUGACCUAGGGAAAGUCAUGGAACCUUUCAGGGCUUCAGUGUCCUCAUCUGUAAGACGGGCAAAAUAAUAGCUACCUACUUCAUAGGGCUGUUGUGAGGAUAAAGAGAUGUAAAGCACUUUAGAACUAAGUGCCCAGCACACAGUAAGUACUCACCAAGUGUGAGCUACAAACACGCAUCAGAUAUAACAAAUAUACUCUUUUACAUUAAAAGGAAGAGAAAAUUAAGCAACCCUCUAUCUUUAUUUCACUGCAGUCAACGUUAUUACUAAUAAUGUGCGUGGCUUUUAUUUUUAAAGUUUUCCACCAAAAUAUCCUUGGCUUCGUUGGAUCCAAAAACCCAGCACUUUGCUCUUAAAAAAAAAAAAAAAAAAAGCCUAGCCUUUUUCUUCCCUCCAUCUCUCAGCUCUGUCCUAGUACUUUCUUUCUUUCUUUUUUUAAAAUUAAUUAUUUAUUUUUUUGGCUGCGUUGGGUCUUCAUUGCUGCACACGGGCUCUUCUGUGGUUGCGGCGAGUGGAGGCUACUCCUUGUUGCGAUGCACAGGCUUCUCACUGUGGUGACUUCUCUUGUUGCGGAGCAUGGGCUCUAGGCACAUGGGCUUCAGUAGUUGUGGCACACAGGCUCAGUAGUUGUGGCUUGCAGGCUCUAGAGUGCAGGCUCAGUAGUUGUGGGGCACGGGCUUAGUUGCUUCACAGCAUGUGGGAUCUUCCUGGACCAGGGCUUGAACCCACGUCCCCUGCAUUGGCAGGCAGAUUCUUAGCCACUGCACCACCAGGGAAGCCCUGUCCUAGUAAUUUCUCAACCCGCAAACAGCCAAGAAGAACACGUAAGCUAACAUUGCAUGGCAAGAACUUUCCACUCCUAACCUCCCAAACCUCUCACUCAAAAGGACCCCCUCCCAUAUCCACAUACCACCCCUUCCCAUAAUCUCCUCCCAUUUAAAGUUGUUGGUUAAAUGAUGAGACCCAAUUUAUCAUGAGAGUUAAUACCGUAAACAGCUGGAUUCAGUUAGGAAAGCUGCAUUGGAUGUUGCUGUCUCCACAUGGUUCACACCAUUUAUACAGAAGAUGUGCUUGGUAGCAAAAACUGUGAUGCAGAGAAACGACUGCUGGAAUGUUCCUCCUUUACCAGUUGUCCAAGUUGGCCACUCACCAGGCACUUCCCUAGGCUCCAGGGUGGGGAACACCAAUACGGUAAUCCCCGCCCUUGCCUUGAAGCUUCUAGAAUCAGAGGGAAAUGGAUGGCCUCGUUUCCAUUGCCAAGUGACGUCUUAAAAUACCACAUUCUCUCAUGUCACAGCAAGUCCCCUGAGGAUUGUUGGCGAGCCCAGUGAGGACACAGUCCUUCCUGUUGGAGCCCCAGAGUUCACUGCUCACCUUGGCCAGGCUUGUUCUACAGCUGAGUCUCACCUCAGGGAACCACACCACCAGCUCUCUUGAUGGCACCUCCUCGGCCCUGAGCUUUUGUGUCCCACCAGCUAAGUGACCCAGUCACCUCUUUGCUGAAGCACAAUCUUACAAAGACAUUGGACUCUUGACACUUUUAAUAUUCUUUCAUAUUUUUGGUGCUAAAGAAAGUUCAGGAGUCUGUGCUCUGAGCCCUUAGGAUUUUCAAACCUUGCACCUUGAGUUGUGCUGGUCGCUGAAACUGGGACCUUAUUGGCUGACCGUUCACACCACAGUGGGGAGUGUACUGGUUUUCAAAUGGCGGAAACGUCCAAUUCCCCACCUGUUGUAUCUGGGCAACAGGCCUGAUAUAUACCUGAGGGGCAGGGCAGGGCAGGGGCGGAAACUCAACUUGAUCAGUGUGUUCAACCAAGAGUUUUGACACCACAGAUAGAGGUCAGAGGCCUUGUAGAAAG